UGUCCGAGCAUUUCUAUCGAAAAACUUUAUUUCGUCUGUAAUCUCGUCUGUUUCGUUUUCAAAUGGCCACCCUGUAUAUCACCAACAAUGAUGGUCUCACCAACCUUACUUACUCUGAAUGGGAAUUGGUGAAAAACAUCCUCAAUAUUUUAAGGCCAUUUGAAGAAAUCACAAAAACUGCAAGUAAAGAGCAAUAUUGCAUUUCUGAAGUGAUUCCAUUAGUCGUAACAUUAAAAGAAUAUUUAUCUAAAGAGGGGCCAAUCUUUGCUGGUGUAGGCACAAUGAAGAAUGAACUUUUAACAAGUUUAGAAAGAAGACUUGGUGAAACAAUAUUUCAACGAGAAAAUCUGUAUGUUGCCACAUUCUUAGACCCAAGGUUUAAAAUGAAUUUUUUCCCUAAAGAUACCAAAGGACAAAUAUUAACCUGUAUUAAAAAUUUAAUUAAAAGGAGGUAUAAUACUGUAGCUGAAGUGGAUCUCGAAUCUUCGGAAGAUGAUAAUAUUCCUUUAAGCGAUUUAAAUAAGGAAAAUACAUUCUGGGGAACCUUUGACAGUAUUGCCUCUACUUCGACCGAAACCACUAAAACAAAAAACAUGCAAGCAUGGAAAAAUGAAGUAAUGACAUAUUUGGAAUGUUCAACACAACCGAAAGAUAAAUCUCCUUUCGAGUGGUGGGAGGCAGAAAAGAAAAAAUUUCCUUGUUUGUUCACCGCAGCUUCGGAGUACCUGUCAGCACCUGCUGCCAGUGUGUCUAGUGAGCAACUAUUCAGUGAAUUAGGCAAUAUUUAUGAACCAAAAAGAAAUAGACUUAAUGAAGAUAGGGCGGAAAUGUUGGUGUUUUUACAUUACAAUAUCAAGAAAUUAAAUUUCAGUUAUUAGGAAUAUGAAUAUAUUAAUGUACUGUAUUUUGUACCUGCCAUAUAAAGUUCCUACCUAUGUUUGUUAGUAUAGUUGUUUAAUGUUGAUUUGUUUUCCUUUUUUAAUAAAAAAUAUUUCCCUUAGAAUGAAAAAUCUUAUUUUGUUUGAUAAAGUAUUCCAUUUUUGCACUGUUGUUUUUAUUGCGAAUUGAUAUUAUUUUUGUUUGUUAUAAAUUAUUUCAGUGGAUAUGUCCGAAUAAUCUUUUUUUAUUGGGUGCAAAAAAGUCAAUAAUCCUAGAAACCCUGGAUUAUUAUUAAAUGAAUACCUCUCAGAUAGGGUUUUAAUUUUUGUGUGGUAUUUUAACCCAUUUCUGUGCCUCUUGUCCCGGUCGAUUUUCCAACAUUUAUGGCAGCCCUAUUUUAGUACGGACGCUGGAGAAGUAUCGGAAAAAAUUCAGGAAGAACUCAUUAAAUUUCAAGAUGAUAGGAACUGCAAGGAUGCUUUUGAAUCAAAUCACUCGACUCGGUUUGGUGUAAAAAAGCAUAUUGUUAUACCAAACUUCGAGAAAUCGCCUUGCGCUAUUUUAUAGUUUUUUUAACGACUUAUUUGUGUGGAGAAGGAUUUUCAUUUAAUGUUAUUCAACUUCCGAAUGAACAGAUUCCAAAUGAGUUUUUGAAUCUAUCUUUUGACUACAAUUAUACUCGUGACAUUUGUGUUUCUUUAUAUUUGAAUGAAUUGAUUCUAUAUGCCUAUAUGUUGUUUUUGAACUGCUGUAUAGUGACACAAGUGGCAUUUGUGUUUGUUUAUGUUUAAAUGGACUGAGUUUAUAUGAACUUGAAACUGUAUCUUUUUAACAGAUGCAUAGUAAAAUAAGUGGCACUUAUUUUCUUUUAUAUUCAAAUUCUUCGAUUUUAUAUGCUCUUGAAGACUUAUCUUUUCAACUGAUCUAUAAUCAUAUAGGUGACAUUCAUGUUUUUUUUUAAGUCUAAAUGAACUGAAUUUAUAUGAUGACUUAAGUUAUAUGCUGUGGAAUAAGCACAUUUUUCACUUCAUACUUCCUCAAAUUCAAAUGAACUGCUUCUAUAUGCUUUUUAAGGUGAUCAUUUCGAACAGAAGCAAAAUCGCAUAAGUGACAUUUAUGUUUCUUUAAAUUAAAAUGAUUUGUUUCUAUAUGAUUUUUAAGACUACUCCAAAAAGACGACGACGCAGAUUUAGGAAAAAUCAUCAAAUUGUGUUCAAUAAUGGAAGAAUCUAAAUCGUAAGCAAUGAAUAUGGACAGCUCAAGCAAUCCCGUUGAUCGAGUUUUCGAGGCACGCAGAAGGCCAGGGACCGAGCCAGGGACCGUAUUCUCGACAAGGGAUCUUUCAAAACGUAUACGUACCAGGUUUUUCACCAUAAUUUGACCACCCCUUUAACUUUAUUACUAAAAGAGGUACAAAAAAAUGUUUCCUACAAAAGUUCCACGAAAUCGACUAGUGUUUUUGAAAAUGAUUUCACAAAAUGAAAUAUAUACAGAGUGUCCAACAUAUUGAUUGCAACUUCAUUUUUUCAAAUGGAACACCCUGUAUAUUUUUCUAUAUUUGACUAGCUCUUUUUUUCCUGAUUACGAAUAUAUAACAUAUGUUUGGUCUAUCUCUCUUAUUCUGAGUACCACAGAGUUUCAAAUUUUAAGAACCACCUGGCAAGCUAAGUAACCAGUUUUCAAGUGGUAUGCUGCGAUAACUCAAAAUGCUCUUUUGUGAGUUAUCUCGUUGGCAACGAUAUGACAUUCGUUUUUCACUAUAAAUUGUAAUUGGAU